UUUUUAGGCUGCCCCCUCAGGCAUAUUUGAUAUUUGGGCUGCAAAUUCCAUUGAACUACUUGAACUCCAUCGUGUUCAGAACACCGCGUGUCGGUCCUUAAUAUAUCGCUGCGUGCAAUCACUUGGUUCAAUCUGCCAUCUCCAGAUCUAAUACUGUAGCGGGCGAUCUGCCGGCAUGCCCUUUUUUUCUGUUCCUGGGGCGGAAUAGCAUGGGACCAAUUGUCUUAUGUAUACCCAACGUUCAGCUUCAAGGAUUUUUCCCCCUCACUGCCUGCUUCUGCGACGAUUGACACCCCUUUGGCGAUGUCCCUUACGUAUCCUUUCGCUGCACAUUUAUAUCAAGCACUGGGCGUUCUUCUGAUCGUGUGCAUUGCGUUUGUGUUAACGCGGAGCCGGCAACGGUAUCCGCCUGGGCCACCUGGUGAUUUCUUCUUUGGCCAUCUGUUCGAGUUCAAAACUGGCGGUCCCAGAUUCUCCCAGUUGCGAGCAUGGCAUGAGAAAUAUGGUCCACUCUUUACUUUACGAAUGGGGUGGAACUUUCCUCUUUUCGUAAUCGGCGGUGACGGCGAGCUCGUCAGAGAACUUUUGGACAAACGAGGCGCGAUAUACUCCCAAAGACCUCUUAUGUAUCGCCAUCUUUUGAUGGACAAGUUCGAAAGCCCACUUUGGGAACGUAACUGGGCAAGGUGGAGAAUGAACCGUCGAUUAUUGGUUCAACGGUUCCGUCCUAUGACCGCCGCAUCAACUCAAGAACACCAAAUCCCUGUGAUAGAAGCCGAAUCUACACAACUUCUCAACGACCUUUUGUCCGAACCAGAGCAGCUCACGGAACAUCCUAUGCGAUUCGCUUCCAGUGUUAUGACCUCGUUAGUCUACGGGAUACGUGGGCCCAAAUAUGAUUGUUUCUCUGUCAGUGCAACCUAUAAGAUCAUGACGAACGCCAUUCUCUUUACAAUGCCCCCACUCGACAAACUUUCUAUUUUGCGGCUGCUUCCUGAUUUUCUUUGGCCUUGGCGAAAGUCCUUCAGCGCGCUCGCCGACCUGCGCGACACUCUACACGAGGACCUCGCUCAUCGAUCCAAGGAUCGAUUCCAACAAGGACUGAAUCCUGAGACGCUCGCCGAGGAUUUAUGGUCAUCUCAAGAAAAACUCGAUCUGUCGGAUCGCAGGAUACACAGGCUUCUUGGACUGGCUCACGAGGGCGGCGCCGAUCCAGUCGCAUUCGCUAUUCUUUCCGGAAUAAUGGCAUUGGUAAACCACCCGAGGGUCAUGCGCAAGGCCCAAGAAGAAAUUGAUUCAGUCUGUGAUGAAGGGACAAUGCCUCAGUGGUCCGAUUACGACAGACUUCCAUAUGUUCGGAUGAUCAUCAAAGAGACCUUUCGCUGGCGACCCCCUUUUCCCUGGGGCGUUGUGCACGAACUGAGUGAAAACGAUGAAUGGGGAGGAUAUCACUUGCCAAAAGGAUCCACUGUGAUUCUCAAUAUAUGGGAGAUUCACAUGAAUCCCAGACGUUAUGCAAACCCUGAGGAAUUUAUUCCGGAGCGCUUCGAAGAAUUCCCGUUGCCUACGACGGACUAUGUGAGCAGUCCGGACUACAUGUCCAGGGAUGUAUAUACCUUUGGUGCGGGUCGCAGGGUCUGCCCAGGCUCUCAUAUCGCAGAAAUGGAUCUCUUCCUCGCGCUUUCGAAGAUUAUUUGGGCAUUUGAUCUUGCCACCCCAGAUGGGAAACCCCUUAACGCGGACCCAGUUACGGCGUUUAAGGGACAUAACCUGCGCGAGCCUGUACCGUUCAAGGUUAACUUCACCCCAAGGGGUGAAGUACGACGAAGCAUAAUCGCAAGGGAGCUUGCGACGGCUGAGGAAAUUAUCUUCAGCCGAUUCGGAUGCUCACCUGAGUCAAGGUGAUCGUGUUGUCGGCCAUUAUCCCACGAACUCAUUGGAUACGACGAUAACGACCUGUGUGGCGUAUAGCACAAGCCCCACUGCUCACAAUCCUUCUUCAUCCCCUUCCCACUCAAUAUUUUUCAGCUCCUGCUCUUGGCUUUGCAUUCACCUCACUGCUCGGG